AUGGCCGCUUCCAAGGCACAUUCAAUCGUCAGCGUCGGAGCGGCGUUGGUUGCGAUUACGGCGGUAUCUAUGGCCUCGAGGAUUACGGCUCGAUGGCUUCAUAAGACUAUGGGAGUGGAUGAUGGGAUAUGUUCUUCCGUAAUGCUUGCUACGCGAUACGGACUCGGGGUCCAUCGUGAUGAAGUCGGCGACGACGAUUAUAACAAAUAUCUUCAGCUUCAAAUCGCUAGCUCGAUUACGUUUAGCUGGGGUGUUGUAGCAGCGAAGGCCAGCUUUGCGGUGCUAUACCUCAGAAUAUUCCCCGAAGGCGGGUUCAGGGUUGUUAACAAGUUUUUGAUCGCGUUUCUCUUUGCGCAGGCCACCGAGGAAACGUGUGUUGUCCUAUUCAAAUGCAGUCCUGUUCGAAAAUCAUGGGACUUCAAGCUGGAGGGCUCGUGCUUCAGUCUUCAUCCGCUUUGGUAUUCUACUUUCAUCUUCAACCUAAUCACUGAUCUCACCCUAUUUCUUGAACCUAUACCCUCGGCGUGGAAGCUUCAACUACCUCUUGUCAAAAGACUAGGACUAAUCUGUAUGCUUUCACUGGGCGUACUGGUGACGUCCAUAUCUAUAAUUCGUAUUGUCUACGUUACAUCCAUAGCCGACGAUGAUACAUACCAACUUGCAGAGCCCCUUAUAUGGUCGAUGGUGGAGAUAUGCGCGCUCAUAAUAUGCUCCUGCAUCCCCUCGCUCAGACAAGUCGCAGCAUUUAUCCCUGGGCUCAACAGCGCCCUCGGGCUCUCAUCCGGCGGGGGCUCGCAUGGCCACUCCGGACAUAAGAACCUCUCGAUACCACUCAAGAGUCGGAGCCGCAAAGAGUACAUACAAUCACAGAAGUCGAAGACGAGAAGUCAGCAUAGGUCGAAAGCGUUCGGGACGACAAGCCGGGUGACGGCCACAGGGAUGGACGCGAUCAGCGAGAACGGCAGCCAGGACGAGAUAUUCCCGCAUAAGAGCGAUCAGAUGGGUGCUAUUACGGUCACGACGGAAGUCAAACACCGCGUAGAGGAUGGGGAGGAGAAUACAAAAGCAUUUAACGAGGCACUGAUGCCGCAUCACGAUGAGCUAAGGAGUAUAACGGAAAGACUAGAUCGCAGCGACUCUUUACUAAAGGGCGGCGGUGAUAUGGGUUGGUCACGGCGUUCAAAAAAUAGCUCCGUCUAA